AGCAAACUUCCGGCGUUGUUUCCAUUUAAACCGAAAAAAACGUAUAAGUAUUUUCUUUAGUGCUUGUUGUAAAUCCAUUUAAAAGUUGGUGAAAAAUGAGCUACGACAGAUAUUUAGAUGCAUGUUUGGCAAAGUAUCAGAAUCCAGGAAGAACCAAAAGUCAAGUUGAAGAGGUGAUGUCGGUAUUUCAAGACUUUAGGCCAAAGUUAGAAGAAUUUAAAACUUCACCCGUUGAAACAAAGCUUCUGCUUCAGCUGCAUGGAACAGUUUCCGUAGUGUUCCAGGGAACAUAUCCCGCACCUUGGAUAGGUAAAACGUUUAAUACACCUAUAGCUGUAUGGAUAUCAGACGACCAUCCUAACACGGCGCCGGCGGUGUUCGUAACAAGUUCAAAGUACAUUCUCUAUAGCUAUAUAGAUACAGAUGGAAGAGUAUAUACAGAAUACAUAAAACAGUGGAACCGAAACUCUACAUUGCUGGAACUAAUUUCUGAUUUGGUAGAAAUGUUCGGCCAAGAGCUACCAUUAAAUGUAUACGAAGAACUUAGUUCGGAUGAUCGAUCGAAAUACAUUGAGAAGCUUCAACUUUCCAACUAUAUGGACCAAGAAAAGACCAAACAGGAUGCUCUUACAAUUUUUCCAGUCUUUUCAGAUAUCAGGGGGUCAUUUGGAGAACAAGUUCUUCCAGACGGGACAAAAAAGCAAAUACUGUCCUUAAGUGGAACAGUGCCCGUCGUAUUUCAGGAUUCUAUGGACAAUAUCCCUUUGUGUAUAUAUCUGAAGGAACAACACCCUUACAAGGCACCUAUUGUUUAUGUAAAACCAGCUUCUAAUAUGGCGUUAAAUAAAAACUGUACUUAUGUUGACCAGAUGGGGCUAGUAACAACUUCCUACAUUAAAGAAUGGAAACAUCCAAACUCUGACCUUGUGGGAUUAUUACAAGACUUAAUGGUAACGUUUGAGAAGAUACCACCGCUGUGUAAAACACCGGCCACCGUAAAUAUCUUACAUCAAAAUGUUGAAGGUACAUACUGUUCUGCAGCGAGAAAUAGCUAUCCUGACAACGGUAGCGGCCUGGGAAGACAACCACAAGAAGAAAAUAGCAACAACAUAGCGAUGGAUGACGCUGGGCAAGUAGUUGGUCGCCGUAAAUAGAGAUAAAAUAUUCUCUAGAGCCUGUCAAAGAUGAUGACUGAUGUAUAAUCAAAUACUGUAUUAUGUCUGGGAGAGAUCUCGUGUAGAAUGGAAGGAAAACUUUUGUAAAUAAAUUGACAUAGUGAUUUUACAAAACAAAAUGAUAUUUAGAAUUAAAGACAUUAAAGACACUCCACUCAACAUAACUGGACUAGAAAUAAUUUUAUUAGAUUAAUAUUCCAUUUGAUGUUGACUGAGCGAAAUGUUUUUUUAAUUUCCUAACUCCGUUUUUUUAUUCAGAAUAAAUAUUCCAAUUGUGAAAAAAAUGACACACAAAUUGAAAUACGUUUCAACUCUUUGCUGAGAAAGGCAUAAAAUACGAUUUGCAGUUUAUUUCUGAGUAUAUUUCCUAUAUAUCUUUUGUAUAUCUUUCUGUUUUUAUUGUCCCAGUCGAUGUUUGUAAGAAAUCUAGUUUUAUUCUUUCUAAGCUUUUGGACCAACUGGAGUUCCUUAAGGUCUACGUUUUCAAUUUUGUUCUAAAUUAUGAUUUAUUGUGAUUAUAAAUGCAUGCAUUUUACCUACCUUUAUUAACUACGUCAAAAGAACAAUUGAUAGAAAGACAAGAACAUUGUUCCAAGUACUGUAGUAUUUGACCUUUGCAACUUAAUUACACGAUAGCGUUGUAAAAUUAAACAUUUUCACUACUAUAUUUGUAAAACAGAACUAACAACUAUUUACUCCAAUCAUUCACAAUUUAUAAAAAGUACCUAGUCUGACGCUGUGAAGUGUUGAUCAACUAUGACAGCGAUUCUGUUUUAUAUAUGUUUUACAUAUAACGUCACAUGAGUGCUUAU